ACACAAAACGUUUUUCUACUUUAUUAACCUUGUAAGCUACAAUUUUUCUUUGAUGACAUAUAUAUACACAUACAUAUUUCUAUUUUUAUUUUUAUUUUUUUCAUUUUUAUUUUAUUUUUUAUUAUUACUAUUCUCGCUAUUCAAGGACUAAUCCACCUGCAUCUGAUAUAAUGGGCUUCCGCUUCGGGGUAGGUGGAUCAGUUGUCUCUUUCUUACUUGAAAUAAAGCUUAAAACAAACAACAAAAUCAUGGAUUCAUAAAUUCCCGAUCACUCUGAAUCACUUGGCACAAUUUGGUCGCUUCUUGCAGCUGAAUCAAGGUUAAUAAGCGAAGAUCGACAAAACGGUCAGAUUUUAGAUGCUAUCUGGCUUCCAAUGAGAUAAUUUCAACUCGAUCAGUUCUUAUCCGACUGAGCUGAAAAUUUCGACGGACGCUUAACAGGCAUCCUUCUACAUGAAACAAAGAUGUGAAAUCAAACCUAUUUCCAGUAAAUUUCAAAGAACUUUUAAAAGAUCUCUAUAAAACCUGUCUAUUUCUAGAUGUAAAUGGUCGUUUUCUGACACUAGGAUUGAGCAGAAGAAUGUCUUUUGGCUCUUUUUCGAAAACUUCAGCUCAAUUGGAUAAGAACUGACCGAGUUCGAAUAUCGCUAAAUUGAAAUUGAGACUGUAUCUGAUCAAAGGAAAAUGAUUUUCCAGAAAUCUCUUGAAGACUCUCUCCAAAACUUGUUAAGCAUUCUGAUUCUCAGCUAGAUAGAUGCUUCCAAUCAUCCUCGUUCUAGUGGUAAAAACGUGAACUAGAUAGCUAUCAGCAUUCCCGAGUUAUUCAACAAACAAUCGAAUGCAUCCUAUUUUGAAAUGGACAGUUUUCAAUUUUAAAACAUCAGACAGUUCAUGUUGAUCAGUAAAAGUUUCAGAGAUAAGUAUGCAACGAGUCUAAACUCGAGUUUUUCGCUCUUUAAGAAAAUAAUGUAGAAUAUGAAAACAGGAAGAGACAAAAAUUUUGUAUGUUUGAGUAUGUCAAAAUACAAAGUAAACAUUUUCUUAUACAAUAAAAGACCACAGAACUUUAAGUGUUCUUUUAUUCAUAUUUCUGUAUUUGUUAUGAUAAUGGAAUUUGUGAAUGAAUGAAUAUAAAUUUAGAAACAAAAAUCCCUCACAAAACUCGCAGACAUCUUAUUUUAUAGAGAAACAUAUAUUCUGCAUUUCUAAAAACUCAAAAAAAUUUCCAUCGAGACAACAAACUUCAGAGAAUUAUGACAACUUUUAAAAAUAAAAUAUCCAAUAGGUUCGUAACAUCUCUACCCAUAGAACAAUUUUUAUUUAACUCGUAUGUUUGAAAUAGAAAACAUCGAUAGCAACAUUUUUUUUGUUUAGACAUUCUUUCUACCUAUUAAGAAUGUGGUAAUGUCUUUGUGGCAAGUUAAUCUUGCCUAUUGCAUAAUAAUACUUCUUAAUUCGUUACAGACUAGUUCUUUUGUCAUUUAUUUUGCUUUAUGAUAUGUCUUUUUCUUGUUACAAAUAAACUUUCUCUCUAUUUUUCUUUUUCGAUAUAAUACAGAAGUGAAGGCACACAGCGUUUUGCACAAGGAGCUUUAUGUGUCACAGUACUUCAAGAUUACGGGUUAACAGAAACUUGUGCAGCAGGAACAAUAGCUGAUCAAUAUGAUAUCUCCGUUGACCGAGCCGGUCAUCCACUGGUUUCUCGUGAAUUAUGGUUGAUAAAUUGGGAGGAAGGACAGUAUCGCAACACGGAUAAACCAAAUCCACGUGGUGAAAUAUUAAUCGGUGGGAAAAUGGUCGCCCAAGGUUAUUUGGGUGAAGCAUCGAAAGAAAAUGUUAAUUUUAAAGAAAUCGAUGAUGUAAGAUAUUUUGCAACUGGACAUAUUGGUGAAAUAUUUCCGAAUGGAACAGUCAGAAUUGCGGAUCGUAAAAAAGAUUUAAUUAAAUUACGUCGUGAUGAAUAUGUUUCAUUAGCAAAAGUUGAAAAUGUUAUUGCUAAAAUUUCAUCUUAUACAGAAAAAAAUUUUGAUACCAAAGAAUGGGAAAAAUUAGUUGAUGACCAAGAAUUUUGUGAUCAUGUAUCGAAAGAUGUACAAGAUGCAUUAACAGAUGCAUUAAAAUUGAAACGUAAAGCCAUUGAGGAAGAGUAUAAACAUGAAAUUGAAAAUCUGUAUAAAGAUCAACCAUCAAAUAAACAACAAUCAAAGAAGAAAAGCAAUAGCGCUGGAACUAAAGACGAUGGAAAUGCCGAAAAACAAUCAAAUGAAAUAAAAAUGCCUGUUAGUGAGCGAAAUAAAUCAAAGACAGCAUUCGUCACUGAUGAAGAUCCUCAUGAAUUUAAUAGAUUACCUCCAGGAAUGCUACAUCUAUCACCAACAUUUCAACGAAUAAUGUACGCAUCACUUAAACAUCAAAUUAGAAAAUUUGUGUUAACUUACUUACAUUAUAUCAUUCUUUAUUCUAAAACAACAGAAGAUCAUAUUAAACAUUUAGAAGAAAUACAACAAAUAUUAGAAGAUAAGAAUUUAAAAUUGCAUGGUACGGUUUAG